CUCAGUGGAGCCGCAGUCUCGAGAGCGCCAAGGCGGCGUUUCGGUAAUCUUUGGCUAACCUCUCUGGCGAAUCCGGCGUUGUAGGACUGCACCCUGGGCGGAGACGCCCACCGGGCACGGGAGGGAGCCACGAUGCCGAUCAAUAAAUCAGAGAAGCCAGAAAGCUGUGAUAAUGUGAAGGUGGUGGUGAGGUGCCGGCCCCUCAAUGAGAGAGAGAAAUCCAUGUGCUACAAGCAGGCCGUCAGCGUGGAUGAGAUGAGGGGAACUAUCACUGUGCACAAGACUGAUUCUUCCAAUGAGCCUCCCAAGACGUUCACUUUUGAUACAGUUUUUGGGCCAGAGAGUAAACAGCUUGAUGUCUAUAAUCUAACUGCAAGACCUAUUAUUGAUUCUGUUCUUGAAGGCUACAAUGGGACUAUUUUUGCUUAUGGACAAACUGGAACAGGCAAAACCUUUACCAUGGAAGGUGUUCGAGCUGUUCCUGAACUUAGAGGAAUCAUUCCAAAUUCAUUUGCUCACAUAUUUGGUCAUAUUGCCAAAGCAGAGGGUGAUACAAGAUUUUUGGUUCGAGUGUCGUAUUUGGAAAUAUAUAAUGAAGAAGUUCGUGACCUUUUGGGCAAGGAUCAGACACAGAGGUUAGAGGUUAAAGAGCGGCCCGACGUGGGCGUGUACAUCAAAGACCUGUCGGCGUACGUGGUGAACAACGCCGACGACAUGGACAGGAUCAUGACGCUGGGCCACAAGAACCGUUCUGUUGGUGCAACUAACAUGAAUGAGCACAGCUCCCGCUCCCACGCCAUCUUCACGAUCACCAUCGAGUGCAGCGAGAAAGGCGUCGACGGAAACAUGCACGUCAGGAUGGGGAAGCUCCACCUGGUAGACCUUGCUGGCUCAGAAAGACAAGCAAAAACUGGAGCUACUGGACAGCGCCUCAAGGAAGCAACAAAAAUCAAUCUUUCGCUUUCCACCCUUGGGAAUGUGAUUUCCGCCUUGGUUGAUGGAAAAAGCACUCAUGUUCCUUAUCGUAACUCUAAAUUGACUCGUCUUCUUCAGGAUUCCUUAGGAGGAAAUUCAAAGACCAUGAUGUGUGCAAAUAUUGGGCCAGCAGAUUACAAUUAUGAUGAAACUAUCAGCACGUUACGGUAUGCUAAUCGUGCUAAGAAUAUUAAAAAUAAAGCUAGAAUUAACGAAGAUCCAAAGGAUGCUUUGCUUCGUCAAUUUCAGAAAGAAAUAGAAGAACUGAAAAAAAAGCUUGAAGAAGGGGAAGAGAUAUCGGGCUCUGACGUCAGCGGGUCAGAAGAGGAUGACGACGAAGAGGGUGAGCUUGGGGACGAUGGAGAGAAAAGGAAAAAACGAAGGGGCAGUAGCAGCAGCAGUAGUUCAGACUCCACAUGUUCUGUCAUAGAGAAACCUCUGGAUAAGUUCUUGCCUAAUCAAGCAGGUAAAAAGAAAGUUUCCCCAGAUAAGAUGGUUGAAAUGCAAGCAAAGAUUGACGAAGAGAGAAAAGCACUUGAAACAAAGCUUGACAUGGAAGAAGAAGAAAGAAACAAGGCUAGAGCUGAAUUAGAGAAACGGGAGAAAGACCUUCUUAAGGCCCAACAAGAGCAUCAGUCUUUGCUAGAGAAAUUAUCUGCACUGGAGAAGAAGGUAAUUGUUGGUGGUGUUGAUUUGUUGGCAAAAGCUGAGGAACAAGAAAAACUUCUUGAAGAAUCUAAUAUGGAACUGGAAGAAAGGAGGAAGAGAGCAGAGCAACUUCGCAGAGAACUGGAGGAGAAAGAGCAAGAACGCUUGGAUAUUGAAGAAAAAUACACCAGUUUGCAAGAGGAAGCACAGGGAAAGACCAAGAAAUUAAAGAAAGUCUGGACUAUGCUAAUGGCUGCAAAGUCAGAGAUGGCUGAUCUCCAACAAGAACAUCAGAGGGAAAUUGAAGGUUUACUGGAGAACAUUCGACAGCUUAGCCGGGAGCUUCGACUUCAGAUGCUUAUUAUUGAUAACUUUAUACCUCAGGAUUAUCAGGAGAUGAUUGAAAACUAUGUCCACUGGAAUGAAGACAUAGGAGAGUGGCAGCUGAAAUGUGUCGCCUACACAGGAAAUAACAUGAGGAAGCAGACUCCAAUUCCUGAUAAAAAAGAGAAAGAUCCCUUCGAAGUGGACCUUUCCCACGUGUAUCUUGCUUACACCGAGGAGAGCCUGCGGCAGUCCUUGAUGAGGCUGGAGAGGCCUCGGACCUCCAAGGGGAAAGCAAGGCCCAAGACGGGGAGACGAAAGCGUUCUGCAAAGCCUGAAACCGUAAUUGACUCUUUACUUCAGUAAAUGUUACAGACUUAAAGUCUCAAUAAAAACUAGUGAUAUCCUAAUGCCUGGACGAGAUAUUUAAUUAAAACACUGAAGACUUAUGUAAUUUCACGGAGCAGAAGCUGUAAAUCAUGGAGUAAGACUGGAACUCUAGUAGUUUGCCUAAUAACUUUUUGUCUGUACGUAAGUUAAUAUAUUAGAAUUGCACAACUGGUCAUUGUUCAGGUAGCCGUGUCACCCUUCAGUCUGUCCGGUGCGGGGAGGCUGGGGGAGCGGCCCCUGCUCUGGAGAGCUGCAGGCGAAGUGCACUCGUGAGUCUGCUAGUAGUUUGCUCAGCUGCUGUCUGUUCACCCAACUGGGCGUGUUGUGUUCCGCACAUCGAAGGCGGCAGCUCUGACCGCCCCGUGUCGCGCUGUGCCAGGUGAGCGGAGGGGCGGCGCACCUCAGCCGUGAGUCAGCCCUCACGUCCGCCGAUCCGCUGACCUAGGUUCUACUCCCUGUACUGUCAUUUAUUGCACUCUGAGUACUAGAUGAUCUGUAGAUUUGUCAUUUAACAGACAGUCUUUAGAAGUGUACCUGUUUAAAAAGCAAAAGCUGAAGAUGUUUCAGCUAGAUCUCUCUUGACCUUUUUUGCCAUUUUGAGUUUAAGUCAAAUAUACUUUGUUUUGAUUUCAUGUUCUCUUGAAACAUUGAGUUUGUACCUAAUUAUAAAGGAGUCACAGUUGCAAAAAAUUCAGAUGCUAAAUACUGGUUGCUAAUCUCUGCCCAUAUGUGUAUAUUUAAAAAAAAAUCAUUGUGAAGUGUGAUUAAUGGAUGCUGUCAUCUGAGUUCUAAGUUUUGGUGAAAAUUGCUAUGUAUCUUCCAAAACUGAGAAAGUCUCCAUUUUCCAGAAAAUGCAACCAAAGCAAGAAAAGUAGCUUUUAAUUCUUUGCCUUUAAAAUACUUUUUUUCUUUGAUCAUCUUCCUCUAAAAAUGAAAAUAAUUUUUAUUUUAAAGUAAAAUAAGUUGUAAUAGAUAGUAUUGUGAUUUCCCUGUUGGCUGCUUGCAGAAUUUUUAUUUUUUUCAACAUGCUACAUCUACACCAAUUAAUAUGUCUUUUGUGAACUUUCACAUAAAUUAGUAUGAAGUUCACCUUAUUUUAGGAGUUGGAUGACACAUUGGUUCAUCAUGACAAAGCUGUGUAGAGAGUGGGGGUGAAUAAGGUUGGCAGCCUUGUGAGGCGGGGGUGAACACGUGUGUCCCAGCGGUGUGUCCUGUACGUCUUGUGCAGCUGCGUGUUUGCUCGCCAAGGAGAAUUGCAUCCCUGGCAGCAUCUCCUUGGUGACGUGCGAGACAGACGCCCAUGAUUUGGCUCUGGGAGGCACCAUGCAUGUGCUGUGCAGAUGUGGGCGAAGUCACAUCUUGUGAGAGCUUGGUGUGCGCAGGUGGGGCGGCCCUGUGUGCGCCUCUGACUCUGUCAGUGAUCGCUCUGGAGAAACCUUCUUUUGAAAGUCCUUGUUUCUAGCCUGUAAGCAUCCAGCCAAUAAGAAAGGAAUAGCUUCUGCAUUAAGCUCUAAAACACUACAGAGAACUUAAGCCAGUGUGCUGGUUUUUUUCUGCCCCACUCCCCUGCAAUGAUGAAAAGAAACCUGUUAGAAGUCAAAGCUGGAGCGACUUUGAGAACAGGCUGCUGAGGCAGUUUUUUUUAAAAGCACUUACAUUAGAAUUGAUAAAACUGAUUAUACCAGACGGAUGAUAAAUAUCCGUCUUAUGAAAUGCCGAAAUUAGGUCUCAGAGGCAGGCCUCAGUAACUGCAGGGGAACGCAGGGCGCCGGCCGCACAGCCGCCCCUUUAGCUCCGGCCGGGGCAACUCCGUGCUUUCCUCACACUCACUGUGUCUGUGUGCACAGAGCAGACGUUGUACAGCCUCAGUGUUAACUUCGUGUGAGGAGAGAGAUGAGCAGACCUGCUCAUUAUAUGAAAUAGGUUUAAAAUGAGUGUCACAUAGAAAUAGUUUUUUGAAUGGGAAUUUUCUUUUUAAUUUAAAGAAGUAAAAUUUAUUUAUUAAAAUGAGCCUUGGUAGAGUGUUAUUUGUUUGUGGUAUGUUCUUUAAUAUACUUUGUAAUUAUAUAUGCUGAUAGUUAGGAUAUUAAAGAUAGCAGUAGUCCCCAUUUUUGUAUAGAUUCUUGUAAAGUGUAAGAUUAAUCAAGGGGGAGGGUCUGCAUUGUGUGUUUACCCCGCAGAUGGAACCUACUGGAGAAGCUGUGUCAUCUGCUUUUCUAGGUAAAGGGGACCUUUCUUUGUGGCAAGAAAGUUAAGGUCACUUUGGGAUUGGGGGGAUGCCUCUUCAUCUGUAACAUUUUUUGAAAGUUAUGUUUAUGAUUUUGGGUUGUUUCUUUGUUUCUCUUUAGUCUUUAAAAAAUGUCUUUCCUCUUAACUCUUAGGGAAGGUUCCCGUCUUCCCUACAGGGCUGUGAAUUAAGGAAUGGGUGGGCCGGACAUUCCAGUACGCUAGUGUCUGCCCAGUUUCUCAGUGUAUACAUUUAUUUUCUUGAUUCGAAAUGCUAGAAGAAAGCAUAGAUCCUCCUAGUGCCUUUGAACUUACAUAGUAGUCUGAUUAGUUUAAAUCAUUAACUUCAGUAGCAUUACUACAAUACUGUAUACUGGCCAAAAUGACAAAUUCUACAAUGAGUUUGUUGCAUUAAUUUCAAAAGCCACACUUCUAUUAUAUUUUAUGUAUAAAUUGUAUUUGUUCAAGUUGUAUAUAUUGUUAUUGUAUAUAUGUGUAGCAUGGUUAAAUAAGAAAUAAAAAAUG